AUGAGGUCGUUCAAGGCUCUCCGACGACUAGACGCCUCCGUACAUACAGCAAGAAGAUAUUCAACUGCAUUUGCAGCACAAAACGUCGCCCAGAGACAUGCUCAGCCAUCACUAGAGCCGUCGUCAACAACCCAACGGCCCACAGAACGCCAAGCCCUUAAAUAUGGCAAUUCAUCGCAUCAAGAUAUCUCACUCACCUCUCCUCGGGAAGCCGGUACUCAGAAUCUGAGCACCUCCCCCAAAAUAAGUGUAGCCUCUGCCACGAACAGCGCAGACCCGUUUGCGCUCGUUUCCUCAGAACUAGAGCAUUUACGCAAGUCGAUGCUCACUCUCAUGGGUUCAGCACAUCCAGGUCUGACCCAGAUUGCUGAGUAUUACUUUCUCCAGCCGUCCAAGCAACUUCGUCCCCUCCUUGUCCUUCUCUUCGCACGUGCGACAAAUGGACUCGGACAAGGCUGGGAAAACAAGCGGUGGUUGGCCGAUGUCGAAAGUGCAAAGGGUUUAAAGGGUGGCUUGGACGCACCCUUGACACGAUCAGACGUCUUGAAUGAUUGGAACCCAAAUAUCCCAGAACAUACAGCGAGCUUUUCGACAGUGUUCAACAUGCUCCCUGCACCCUCUUUAUCGACUCCACUGGACUUUCAUCCACCGCCCAUACCAAAGGGUACAUUAGGAGAGAGUCGUGUCGUAGGCGACAUUCUCCCAACACAGAUUCGUCUCGCCCAGAUAGCAGAGAUGAUCCACGUCGCAUCGCUAUUACACGACGAUGUAAUCGACACCUCGCCUCUCCGACGCGGUGUCCCUUCUGGACCCGCAAGCUUUGGCAACAAGUUGACCGUGCUCGGCGGCGACUUCUUGCUCGGACGCGCAAGCGCCGCUCUCUCGAGGUUGGGCGAGAACGAAGUUGUCGAGCUGGUCGCGAGCAUCAUUGCUAAUCUCGUCGAGGGCGAGGUCAUGCAAGUCCGCGAGGUUCAUGCACCAGAAACUCUUGCCACGCAUCACGAUGCAGCUGCUGCUACAGCCGUUGCCGCGUCCGCAAUGGCCGAGGGCAUAGUAGGCACGAGUGGUCGUGUGAGCCAGGAACGAUGGAAUAUUUAUCUCAAGAAGACGUACCUCAAGACUGCAAGCUUAAUUGCCAAAACCGUCCGCGGAUCUGUCGUGCUUGGUGGUGCGAAAGAGGGCGAAGUAUGGAAAGAGGUGGCGUACGCCUAUGGGCGAAAUAUCGGCAUUGCGUUCCAGCUCAUUGAUGACAUGCUCGACUUUGCCGUCUCCGACGCUUCGUUUGGCAAACCGUCUGGUGGCGCAGAUCUCCGAUUGGGACUGGCAACCGCCCCAACUCUGUAUGCAUGGGAAGAAUUUGAGGAAAUGGGUCCGUUGAUCCAACGAAGAUUUGAGGGUGAAGGCGAUGUCGAACUGGCUCGUCAGAUUGUUGCCUCGUCAAAGGGUGUUGCUCGCACACGCGAGCUUGCAGAGAGUUAUGCCGUGAAGGCCCGUGAAGUCUUGGACCAUUUACCCGACUCGGACGCAAAGCAGGCGUUGAGCGCAAUGACCGAAAUUGUCAUCAAGCGCAAACAUUAG